UUAUAAUCAGGAAUUGAGACGGUAUUUACACAUGUUGAAGGAACAAAAUGAUAGACCAAUGAAUGUUUCAAUAGGACAAAUGCAAGACCCAGCCCUGGAGCAAAUUAAAAAAUUACUUCCCCUACUACAAACAAGCUCCAAUGAAAACCGUACAGUAACCGAAAGCCCCCAAAAGACUUUUAGGCAAAAUAUUACCACACCAAAAUUGACCCCGUUAGAAGAAGUUACUGAAUUAAAUGAGGAUGAUCUUAGUAUGCACACGGCAGAGGAGGAAUCUCCUGAUUCCAAUGAAAAGAGUGAGCCAAAAAAGACAACAAUAAAGGAAAAAACAAAGGAGAUUUUUGAAAAUAUGAAACAGGAAAAUCUAGAUAAAUAUGACGUAAGCACAGAUGGAAAGAUUUUAAGUAAGAAGGGAGGAAAAGAAAUACAGGGAAGCAAUGCUCAAAAAUCUAUAGAGUGCAUUCUUCGAACUGGAAUAAGUGGGAAAUUGAGAUGGGGUGAAUUGACACCACCUGGAACAUCUGUUUUAGAAAAUAAAUUAAAAAGUGAUAAUAAAAUUUGGCCGUUGAUAGAGAAGGCUAGGGAGCAUUGUACACCAAAAAGAACUUAUUCAAAACAAAAAAGAAAAAUACCCGAAUCCAAGGAAAUAGCUGAAUCAAAAUGGAGACUUCCCGCAGAGUGGAAAUGAUUUUAGAUAAGCUUUACAAUGAUCCAUCAAAUCCGGCAGGAUUUGCUGGUGUAAACCAACUAUGGACAGAGGCUAGGAAAAAAGAUGCGAUUAUUAAAAAGAAGGAUGUUCAGCAAUAUUUAGAAGGUCAUAGAACAUAUACAAUUCACCGUCCUAGACGCAUACACUUUAAAAGAUCAAUAACAUAUC